CCAUGCGAGGGGCUACGUGUCUCCAUAGCUACAGAGCUCUUUGCUCUCCCCGCGCCACAUGGCUGUUGAAGAACGUUGUUGGAGCUACAUUCCCUUCUACAAGAGCAUAUCUUGAGUAGAGAAGCGAAAGAGACAGUAGGGAGGGUUGCAGUUGCAGAUCGACUGCAAGUUGGUGCACAGCGGAAGAGAAGAAGGAGAAGAAGAUCAAGAGGUUCGAUUAAUUGGUGCGAGAUGUCAGGAGCACAGGGGGCACAGCCAAAGGGGUCGCUGACGAAGACGACGUACGAGUCGGUGGAAGGAGGGGAGAACAAGGCAAGGUUGAACGUUCGGUCGGCGAGGCCUGGGGAGGAUGAAGGGUACAUCUCGGUGGACCAGGAGCAGGACAAGGUGAAGGACGCCGCUGGGAAAGGCGGCCCGGUCUUUGGGGAAGGCAAGGAAGAAGGGAAGCAGGAUCUUGGGGUCACCGGCACCGGUGGGUGAGCGCGACUGCUGCGACCUGGUCACUACACCCGCCUCCUGAGUCCGCCAUUUUGAUCAGCCCCGAACCCUUCAAGCAUGACUACCACUCUUCUUCCUUUCUGUUUUCACCUCUCCCCUUGUUCGUAUUAUGUUGUUCUUAUACUUUUAGUCUCAGACAUGUAUAAAUAAGAUGCAAUAGAAAUAGCUUGUAUCUAUAUA